UACUAAAUGGAAAUACCAUUGUGAAACCUUAAUUCAAUCUGUAAACAAACCGACCGGGCAUUAUAGGUACGACAGCAUACCAGUACGGAGAAAAUGCGCAAAUUCCUUGUGGUAUUCGCAGCUGUAUGUGUGCAUGUUGCUGUAGCACACAAGGGAUUUCCUGCUGACCUAUCUGAAGAGAUGUACUGUGUUGGAUGCAAGGCCACAGUAAAAGAGCUUUCAGGGAGAUUACAGUAUCACACCUCGGAGAAAAUGGAGAUGAGAGUCAGGCAUGCAUUACAAGCGAUUUGUCAUGAGGAUUACUUCAAAUCUUACGAGUAUAGCGCAAAAAAGCUUGUUAAAGCAUGUGAACACUUAAUGGAUAGUCACCAACAAGACUUGGUGUAUGUAUUAAAGGAUUACUAUAGCAAGAAAAGUCGUAAAGGACAUUCCUACCUGCACAUCGCUCACAUUAUCUGCAACAAAGAGACAUUUGCCUGUGGAGGAGCAGUUGAGGAGGAGGAGGAGAAAUAUGAUCCUAAAAAGGGCAAGAUUGUCUAUAAUGAUGACACAGACAACUUCGACAUCCACUUUGGAAAGAAUGUGAAAAUGAUGAAACCUGUCCGGGAAUCUCUGGCACAUGGAAGAGAUGAACUUUGAAGCGUAUACCAGACCAAUUUGAAAUAUGACAUUACAACACACACUCUAUAUAGCUGUCAUUUCAUGUUGUACUUUCCAUAAAUGUGUUAAUGCAUAA